AGCCCAAAAUGUCCGUUACGACUUUUCAAGUAAACUUAUAGAAAAAGUAAAAAAAAAACCAGGACCCCGAAGCAUAUUCCCUCCUUCCCUCGACUCCCCUUCCCCCACCUUCCCUUCUUCUCUGUUCUCAUUUUGACGAAGUCCAAGAAUCUUACAGGAAAGAACCAGCUAGAAGAAUUACAGGAAUUGUUGGUUUAGAACUUGAACCUGAUGAAUGAAUGGAUAGGAAACAGCAUAUCGCAAUUUUCACCACAGCUAGUCUACCAUGGAUGACUGGAACUGCAGUUAACCCUUUGUUUCGAGCUGCUUAUCUUGCUAAAGAUGGAGAGAGAAAGAUCACAUUGGUGAUUCCCUGGUUAUCUUUGAAAGAUCAAAGACUAGUAUACCCGAACAAUACUACGUUCAGUUCACCUUCAGAGCAAGAGACAUAUCUUCGUCAAUGGCUUGGGGAGAGAAUUGCAUUUUUAUCUGAUUUCGAUAUACGCUUUUAUCCUGGAAAGUUUGCUGUAGAUAAAAGAAGCAUUCUUCCUGUAGGAGACAUCUCAGAAAUCAUCCCUGAUGAAGAGGCAGAUAUUGCUGUCCUGGAGGAGCCUGAGCAUCUUACAUGGUUUCAUCACGGGAAGAGAUGGAAAACUAAAUUUUGCAUUGUCGUAGGAAUAAUACAUACCAAUUAUUUGGAGUAUGUGAAGAGAGAGAAAAAUGGACGAUUCCAAGCAUUUUUUCUGAAAUAUGUAAAUAGUUGGGUUGUUAGCAUCUAUUGCCAUAAGGUAAUUAGGCUGUCCGCUGCCACCCAGGAUUAUCCUAGAUCCAUCAUCUGCAAUGUUCAUGGAGUUAAUCCCAAGUUCCUUGAUAUAGGCAAGAAAAAGUAUGAGCAACAACAUAGAAAUGAGCAGGCCUUCACCAAAGGGGCUUACUACAUUGGGAAGAUGGUUUGGAGCAAAGGCUAUGAGGAACUACUUAAACUUCUUCGUGAUCACCAAAAGGAGCUAGCUGGUCUUGAGGUUGAUCUAUAUGGAACUGGAGAGGACUCUGAUCAAGUUAAGGAAGCUGCUGAAAAGCUGAAACUGAUGGUUAGAGUUCAUCCUGGUCGUGAUCAUGCUGAUCCUUUAUUCCAUGAUUACAAAGUGUUCUUGAAUCCUAGCACCACAGAUGUUGUUUGCACAACCACAGCCGAAGCAUUGGCUAUGGGCAAAAUUGUUGUUUGUGCCAAUCACCCUUCUAAUGACUUCUUCAAGCAGUUCCCCAAUUGCCGAAUAUAUGAUGAUGGCAAUGGUUUUGUUGAAGCCACACGCAAGGCACUCAGUGAAGAGCCUGCUCCAUUGACUGAUGCACAGAGGCAUGAGCUGUCAUGGGAGGCUGCCACAAAGCGGUUUUUAAGGGUUUCUGAGCUCAACCAGGUCUCAGCAAAAAAUAUGGAGAAAAAUUCAUCGAAGAAAUUCGCAUCAAUGUCUUUAAACCCGUGGAAGAAUUUAGAGGACGCUUCAGCAUAUUUCCAUCAUGUGGCUUUAGGAUCUGAAACAACUAGGAGAACAUUUGGCGCGAUUCCAGGAAGCUUGUAUCCGGAUGAAGAGCAAUGUAAAGAACUUGGGUUGGCCAGUCAUAUGGGGAGAGGAGGGUCCAUAAAGAUAACUGAUUGAAGCAUUCUUUGUAAUUCAUAGCAGGGGACAUAUUGGUAACCUUUUCGUAUUGUAGAGAAAGCAAAUUUCAUGUACCUGUAAUGCAUAAUCUGGCUAAAGUUUGACAGAGUUUGGCUUGGCCUAUCCAUCCAAUUGCUUGUACAGUUCCUUCUCUAGCUUUUUUAAUUUUGUGCACAGAUUUUCUUAUUGACUUGUUUA